AUGAGACUCCACAAAACUUACAGUUUCUUUUUGGUUCUGUUUGUUGAAUGUAUCGUCCCAUCAUCUUCGAGUGGUUAUAAUGUGAUCGUCUUUUUGUUGUUCACGAUUUGUAGCUGGACGAAACUAGCCGUUUUGAUCCACAUUCAUAAAUUAACAAUUUUUUACCUCUUCUCAUCUUCACAAGCGAUUAUUUUCCUGACUACAAAAUCCCUUAUUUUGAAGAAGAAAGGUUAG